AUGAAUAGUGAAGAGUACUUUGUGAUAGCUGUCUAUUCUAAAUGUACAUCAACAGAGAAAAAAGAGCUUUGGAGCAAUCUGGAGGGCUUGAAAAACAUGAUUAAUAGUCUGUGGUGUAUUGGAGGGGACUUCAAUGUGAUCCUCCAUCCAGAGGAAAAGACUGGUGGAAGACCUCAUAGGAACUAUAACAGUUUCAAUUUCUCUGAAUUUAUGGAUACUUGUGGAGUGAAAGAUGUUGGUUUUAUAGGCUCAAAGCUUACUUGGUGCAAUAAUUGGACACCUAGAAAAAGGGUUUGGAAAAGGUUGGACAGGGUUUUCAUUAAUGACUCUAGGGCUCAAAAGUAUAAUUUUAACACUGUCAAACAUUUGGCUAGAACAUGUCCUGAUCAUAGGCCUAUGCUUUUUAAAUGUGAUAAAGGCCAAGCUAAUGGUAAGAAGUACGUGACUAAGGUCCCUAUGGAGGAAGAAAUCAAAGAUGUCAUGUUUAAUAUGAGCACUGAUAGUGCGGCAGGGCCUGAUGGGCGAUGGCUUCAAAGGAAAGAAAUUGUUCAGAAUUUCAAUAGCAAAAACAAAGGGGGAAAUGCGGUGAUCAAGGUUGAUAUGAUUAAACUUUAUGGCAGGAUGUCCUGGCCUUUUAUUGAGGCUGUUUUAAGGAAUUUGGCUUCUCUGAAGAAGUAA